GCCGCAGCGCCGGGCCCGCACGCCUUUCCUCGGUGGCCCUCCGCUCCCCGGCGCAGCUCCUCCCCAUGUCGGUGGCUCCGGCCUACAGCGAAGACAAGGGCGGUUCGGCCGGCCCCGGGGAGCCCGAGUAUGGCCACGACCCGGCGAGCGGAGGCAUCUUCUCCUCCGACUACAAACGGCACGAUGACCUGAAAGAGAUGUUGGAUACUAACAAGGAUUCCCUCAAAUUGGAGGCCAUGAAGAGGAUUGUGGCGAUGAUCGCCAGGGGGAAGAACGCCUCAGAUCUGUUUCCAGCAGUAGUAAAGAAUGUGGCCUGUAAGAACAUAGAGGUAAAGAAGCUUGUCUACGUGUACCUGGUACGAUACGCAGAGGAGCAGCAAGACUUGGCCCUUCUGUCCAUCUCCACCUUCCAACGUGGUCUGAAGGAUCCCAACCAGUUGAUUCGUGCCAGUGCGCUCCGUGUCCUCUCUAGCAUCCGUGUACCCAUCAUCGUGCCCAUCAUGAUGCUAGCCAUCAAGGAAGCCGCCUCGGACAUGUCACCCUACGUUCGGAAAACAGCUGCCCAUGCCAUCCCCAAACUCUACAGUUUGGAUUCUGACCAGAAGGACCAACUGAUCGAAGUCAUUGAAAAGCUCCUGGCAGAUAAGACCACACUGGUGGCAGGCAGUGUGGUGAUGGCCUUUGAGGAGGUCUGCCCCGAGCGUAUCGACCUGAUUCACAAAAACUACCGGAAGCUCUGCAACCUGCUCAUCGACGUGGAGGAGUGGGGCCAGGUGGUCAUCAUCAGCAUGCUCACGCGCUAUGCCCGCACGCAGUUCCUGAGCCCCACGCAGAACGAAUCCCUGCUGGAGGAGAACCCUGAGAAGGCCUUCUAUGGCUCGGAGGAGGACGAGGCCAAGGCCCCCGGCUCGGAGGAGGCAGCGACUGCAGCACUUCCAGCCCGAAAGCCCUACGUCAUGGACCCCGACCACCGGCUGCUGUUGCGCAACACGAAGCCGCUGCUGCAGAGCCGCAGUGCAGCUGUGGUCAUGGCGGUGGCGCAGCUGUACUUCCACCUGGCUCCCAAGGCGGAGGUCGGCGUCAUUGCCAAGGCGCUCGUGCGCCUGCUGCGCAGCCACAGUGAGGUGCAGUACGUAGUGCUCCAGAAUGUGGCUACCAUGUCUAUCAAGCGCAGGGGUAUGUUUGAGCCCUACCUGAAGAGCUUUUACAUCAGGUCCACGGAUCCCACCCAGAUCAAGAUCCUGAAGCUGGAAGUGCUGACUAACCUGGCCAAUGAGACCAACAUCCCCACUGUGCUACGGGAAUUCCAGACCUACAUUCGCAGCAUGGACAAGGACUUUGUGGCAGCCACAAUCCAGGCCAUCGGACGCUGUGCAACAAACAUAGGCCGGGUCCGUGACACCUGCCUCAACGGUCUGGUGCAGCUUCUGUCCAACCGUGAUGAGCUUGUGGUCGCAGAGUCUGUGGUGGUCAUUAAGAAACUGCUGCAGAUGCAGCCAGCGCAGCACGGGGAGAUCAUCAAACACUUGGCCAAGCUCACAGACAACAUCCAGGUGCCCAUGGCACGAGCCAGUAUCCUGUGGCUCAUUGGAGAGUAUUGUGAACAUGUGCCCAGGAUUGCACCUGAUGUCCUGAGGAAAAUGGCCAAGUCAUUCACAGCAGAGGAGGACAUUGUCAAGCUGCAGAUCAUCAACCUGGCAGCCAAGCUCUACCUGACCAACUCCAAGCAGACCAAGCUUCUGACUCAGUAUGUGCUGAGUCUGGCCAAAUAUGACCAGAACUAUGACAUCCGUGAUCGAGCCCGCUUCACCCGGCAGCUCAUCGUCCCUUCAGAGCAGGGUGGUUCCCUUAGCCGCCAUGCCAAGAAGCUCUUCCUGGCCCCUAAGCCAGCGCCUGUCUUGGAAUCAUCAUUUAAAGAUCGGGACCACUUCCAGUUGGGCUCACUAUCCCACCUGCUCAAUGCAAAGGCCACAGGCUACCAGGAGCUCCCAGACUGGCCAGAGGAAGCCCCAGACCCGUCUGUGCGUAACGUAGAGGUACCUGAGUGGACCAAGUGCUCAAAUCGGGAGAAGAGGAAGGAGAAAGAAAAGCCCUUCUACUCAGACUCUGAGGGGGAGUCUGGCCCCACUGAGUCUGCAGAUAGUGAGCCCGAGUCUGAAAGUGAGUCAGACAGUAAGAGCAGCAGCGAGAGUGGCUCUGGGGAAUCCAGCAGUGAGUCAGACAAUGAAGACCAGGAUGAGGAUGAGGAGAAAGGAGGAGGAAGUGAGAGUGAACAGAGUGAGGAGGAAGGUGAGAAGAAGAAGACAAAGAGGAAGGUGCUGGAGCAACAUAGAGAAGGCGCAUCCUCAGACGAGGGCAGCGAUUCCAGCAGCAGCUCCUCGGAGUCGGAGAUGACGUCAGCAUCGGAGCAGGAGCAGGUGGAGCCUGCCUCCUGGAGGAAGAAAACACCUCCCAGUGGCAAAAGUGCCCCGGCAGCCAAGGAGAUCUCCCUACUUGACCUGGAGGACUUCACCCCUCCCAGUGUACAGCCCGUGUCUCCCUCCACGGUUGUGUCCACCAGCCUGGCUGCUGACCUGGAGGGCUUGACGCUCACAGACACUUCUCUAGUGCCCUCGCUGCUGAGUCCAGUGUCAAGCAUCGGGAGGCAGGAGCUGCUGCACCGAGUAGCUGGCGAGGGGCUGGCGGUGGACUAUGCCUUCAGCCGCCAACCUUUCUCUGGGGAUCCUCGCAUGGUGUCUGUGCACAUCUACUUCUCUAACAGCUCUGAAACUCCCAUUAAGGGGCUCCAUAUGGGCACCUCCAAACUGCCUGCUGGCAUCAGCAUCCAAGAAUUUCCUGAAAUUGAAUCCCUGGCACCUGGAGAAUCCACCACUGCUGUGAUGGGCAUUAAUUUCUGUGACUCCACCCAGGCGGCCAACUUCCAGCUGUGCACCCAAACCCAACAGUUCUACGUCUCUAUUCAGCCACCUGUUGGGGAACUGAUGGCCCCUGUGUUCAUGAGUGAGAAUGAGUUCAAGAAGGAGCAGGCAAAGCUGACAGGCAUGAAUGAGAUCACAGAGAAACUCACGCUACCAGAUGCCUGUCAGAGUGACCACAUCGUGGUGCAGAAAGUGACCGCCACUGCAAAUCUGGGUCGGGUACCUUGUGGGACAUCUGAUGAGUACAGGUUUGCAGGGAGGACGCUGACCAGUGGGAGUCUGGUCCUGCUGACUCUGGAUGCCCGGCCAGCGGGAGCCGCCCAGUUGACUGUCAACAGUGAGAAGAUGGUGAUUGGCACUAUGCUGGUGAAGGAUGUGAUACAAGCUCUGACCCAGUGACUCCCAAGCACCGCAGCCUCUUUGGUCUUCACUUACGACAUCUGCUCACAGAUCUCCCCACCUUCCAUGUUCUCCCUCCUUCCUGGUACUGUCCUUAUGCCAGAUAGCAUGGGGCUCUCUGUUUCCUAGUGACCUCUUCCAGCCUGAGUGACCUUUGCUGAGGGAGGCAACAGCUGCUGCCUUCAGCAUCAGACCCCACCCCCAGAUUUAUGUAGCUAUUUAUGUAGCACAAUCUCAAUAAAAUAUCUUCUCCUUA